AUGGACCUACUUUGCCUCCGCCACAACAGGCCUAACGAGAGGCUUAGGGGAUGGUACAAGAUAGCCACCUCCCAGCCAAAGAAUGUCAUCGUCGUUGUCGAGGCCUCAGAAAAAAUGGGUGCCAAACUCAACAUAGGCGACGGAGACGAGGGGAGCAAGAAGCGCUGGCACGCCGUUAAAGACAUUCUCGUCAAUUUCAUGGGCACCCUUGACGUGGACGAUUACUUCAACAUCCUCGUUUUCAACAACGCCACGAGCGUCCUUCUCAACAACGCCAGGAAUGAGAGCACACUCGUCAAGGCCAGCGAGCGGAACGUGGGCGCCAUGAUUGAGGAGCUUGAGAAGGUCGUCCCUGCGCACGGGUCGGAUUCGGGCGCCGCAAUGAACGAGGCGUUCGACGUGUUUGAGAGGUCCUUCAGGCCGGAAAACGACCACCAAGCGUGCAAAGUCUGCCAGAAAAUCAUCGUCGUCAUAAGCGACGGCAGCCCUUGCACCCUGCGGAACCAGAGCCUCUGCUUCGCGAAUCGCCCGGAGUCGGCAGCGGCUCCCGGGACGGGCAUGAUAGAGCGCAGCCUGGACGAGGUGGAGAGGCGGCAAAGGAGCAUUGAGGAGGACUCGCAGCGGGCAGCCAUCUUCACGCUCACCAUGCUGAGGACGCAGGACGACGGGGACAGUCUGCCGCGACAGAUGGCGUGCCGGAAUCGGGGCGUGUGGUCAAGGAUCGACGGCCAGAAAUCGCCGCUCAACGACCUGGCCGCCUACUUCCAGUAUAUCGCGUUCUCCCGGGAGCAGUUUUCAAUAGAAGACCAGUUUUUGUUGUCUCCGCUCUACGAGGACGCAAGCGGUCUGGGAACCAUCACGACCGCCACUUGCCCAGUCUUCAUCAGCCCAAGGUGCGCGAAUGGCAAGACGUCCACACAGAGGCUGCUUCUGGGCGUAGUGGCGAAGGACGCCCCCAUCGCAGAGCUGCGAGACAAAUACGGUCUCAAUGAGGAUCAGAUCCGAAACGCCAUCAGGAAUGAUCUGACAAACGCGCGGCGAUGCGACGGGAACUACGACUACGGCAACUGCAAAAUGCAGGUGUUGCGGGGCUCCGCGUUGGAGUGCCCCAUCCUGCGUCGCGACCCUCCUCUCCCCCAGGCGUGCUACCGCCUCCGGAACGUCACGUACAUGGUCAACGCAACCCGCGUUGACUUCCAGGCGGCAAGCCGGAGGUGCAGCGACGCUGGGGGCCGCCUCGCCGACUUGGGAAUGCUGUCGGUCGAAGGCAAAGAGGUGUUUGGAGAGGCCAGGCAUUUUCUGUCGACGGUGGUGCCGCCGGACGGCGCGUGGAUGGGGUUGCAGCUUGUAAUGCGGAAAUGGGCUUGGUUGGGGUCGAACGCGGAGGCGGAUUUCUUGCAAGAUGAGCUGUCGCUGCGCCAUCCGGGCAGCGGUGGAAGCUGUUUUGCGGGUUUUAUCGACCCCCGAGGCGCCCGAAACAAUUUCGGCGGCGAGAAUUGCCAGGAGGAGAAGGCCUUUGUCUGCGCUUUCGACGACGGGGAGGAUAGCCCGCCUCUCGCCUGUCGGGGCGAAGUGGAAGUUAUCGAUCACGCGGCCCUGAACAGCGCGACGGCCCAAGGUUGCCUGCAGAGCGAGGGAUGCGACGAGAUAGAAGACAUCAAAGCAGGCCAGCUAUUUGCCGACAAACGGCAGUUUGACGCUUUCGCUGACGGAGUGGUAUGCCGUGGGAAUUCUAGGGGCGCCCCCAAGAGCUACUCGGAACUGGUGUGCUGCUCCGAAGAGACGCUGGAGAGGGAAUGCCCGGCAGUGCCAUCCCCUAAGGUUGAGGAGAUCGCAGGCCCGGGUCUACUCAACACGUCCGAUGUUCCUGGCAUUUCCAACAGCUCCCACUCUCUGGCGGGAGGAGAGCCAAAGAGGACCAACGCAGUUACGAUCACGGGGGGUAUCGGAGUCUUGGUGGGAGUGCUGCUUAUCGGCCUGACACUGUACAUCGCUGCAAGGCAUAAGGUCCCAUGGAUGAGACCCGUCGUCGCGAAAGAUGUGCUGAUCGGUGGCGAUCCUCAAGCCCCGGACAGGGUGAUACUGAACAUCAGGCCAGACACGCCGGACACCAAUUCGAGUGGGUCGGGGGAGAUCUCAGAGGAGGGGAGCUCACACCCGCCCGCUUCAGUUUCUACGAAUAUCUCCGAUAUUGUGCGAAACGGUCCGUUCCAACCGAAGCUUAUCGACUUGCGUCCACCACCACGAAUUGUGAGGCAUCCACCGGUCCCGGUGGGAUCCAGGAACCCUUUGAUCUGGGACAUAAAAGUGGUGCUGUUGGAAAACGGCUGGAGCGCCAGCGGCGCGUUUGGAGUCGUCAACGAAGGCGUUUGGGUGGACGGCCAGUCUAGGGCCCACAAGGUGGCCAUCAAGUCUGCGGCGAGGCUCUGGAGCCAGAGCGAUGCUGAGUACAUCAAGAGGGAGCUGGAGAUUGUGGCCGCCGUGCCGGAGAGCCCAAACAUCGUGCGGGUGAUCGGCGGCCGUCUAUUGCCCACGCCCAUCAUCGUGGAGGAGCUGAUGUGGGGCAGCCUGGAGGAGGUGCUGCACAAGGACACCAAGUACUCCGCGGGGCUGACGUACGGCCAGAUUUUGAGCAUUGCGUCUGACGUGGUGGCCGGCCUGGAGCACCUUCACAGGCACGGCGUCAUCCAUUACGACAUCAAACCGGGCAACAUCCUGCUGGAAGAACUCUGGGACGCCGGCGCCGAGGCCUCGGUGCUCAAGGCCAAGCUGGCGGACUUCACUUGUUCCAAAAUCAAACUGAAAUGCAGCAUCAGCGCCAGCCUCCGCGGCACUCUGGGCUACAUCGCCCCGGAGCUCCAAAAAUCGCCUCUAGACGCUUUGGAGAGCAGAAAGCGCGCGGCGGCGGGCGCCACCGUCAUCGCACCGAGCAGCAGUCGCGCGGGGCUGAUUGGCUCCUUGAAGGGUGAGCGCUGUGACGUGUACUCGUUGGGCGUUGUGAUUGUGGAGUGCGUCACGGGGACCAACGAGCCCAGCGAGGAAGGCGUCCUCGUGGCGCAGAGGCUGUGUCCGGAGCCGUUGUGGGCGCUGGCGAAGGAGUGCGCCGGCCGAGAUCCGGAGACCCGGCCGGAGUGCUGCGAGAUAGGGCGCAGGCUGGAGGAGAUGAAGGCCCAAAGGGCGGACUGGAUCGGCCAAAGGCCGAAGGAGCACAUUUGGGGAGCGCGUCAAAAUUGA